AAAUGUUGCUUGGACCCAAUAAAUAACACGCUUUCCUUCACAAAAUUUGGUCUGUAGAAACAGAGUUCCCGCGCGUCUGAUAGUUGGAGAAGACAAGACGAAGACGAAGAUUUGAAUCGUCGUCUUCAUCGCAGUCAAUCAGAUUGAGAUCGAAGGUUCUGUUUGGCUGAUCGCUUAAUUAGCUUCGUCGACGAUCGAUCCAAAUGGAGAACAAAGACAGUGAAUCUAGAAGAAAACGCAUGAAACCAGAUGAGGAAGAAGAAGGAGCGAUCUCAGACUCAGAAAAGGCACAGAAUGAAGAGUUGGAGACGUUCGUUGCUGGAUCUGAGGAGGUGGAGCUUGCAGUCGCUCAUAUUCUUGAAAAGAUCGAACGGUUCACUCAGCUGGUAUCUGAACUUCUGGGAUCAGGGAAGGCCAUGUUUCAGAAGAUUGGUGAUGAAUUCGAAGAGCGGAUGAUUGUGGUGCACAAGGAACAAAUUGAGAAAUGGCAGGAAGAGAUCAGAGAAUUGCGCAUCCUUGAUGCCUCAAAUGAGGAGGCCAAUGCUCUUCUGCAUAAUGCUCGAGGUUUGCUUCACCACGCUCAUGUUGAUUCUUGAAGGUUUUGCUGUCUCCAUUGAUGUUGGGAAGUUACAAGCUAAAGCGACAUGUUAAAAUUACUGGCUCAUUGUGAUGGGAUAGUUCUGGUGGUACCUGUUGUUGCAUUGAACGAGAUUUAGAAUUAGCAUGUGAUUGUAGCUUUGAUAUUUCUAUCAGUUCAAAAAUUUGAUAAUUUCUCUUAAGAUUAAGGAUCAAGUCCCUUAUAUAGGGCCACACUGCAACCAAUAAAUUUCCCUUCCAUAGAACAUUUCACAUUACAUACGUUCUA